CAAACACAAAUAUUUUUGAGCAGUGAAAGAAGACACUGAGGAACAAGAUGUUGUGACGCCGUGUUUCCAUCUGGGCCAGCCAUGUACGUGAGCUCGCUCUUGGAGAAGGAGCCCAGCAUGUACCCAGGAUCUGCCAGGGCCAACAGCAACAACCUGCCCGUGCAAAACUUCGUGUCUGCUCCAGCCUACCCCGACUACAUGGGAUACCACCCCGUGCCAGCCCUGGACAGCCACGGGCAGCCAGCGCCAGCCUGGGGCUCCCACUACGGCGCCCAGCGCGAGGACUGGAGCGCCUACGGCCCAGGCCCUUCCAGCGCCCUGCCCGCUGCCCACAUCAAUGGCUCGUCCCCUGGCCAGGGCUCCUACAGCUCUGCUGAGUACAGCUCCCUGCACCCCGCUGCUGCUGCUGCGCCCUUACCUCCUGCAGACACCAGCCAUGGCCAGCAGAUCUCUCCCAACAGCCAAAGGCACAGCUCUUAUGAGUGGAUGAGGAAAACCGUGCAAACCAACACUGCUGGUAAAACAAGAACAAAAGAAAAGUACCGGGUUGUUUACACAGAUCACCAGAGACUGGAAUUAGAGAAGGAAUUUCACUGCAACAGAUACAUUACAAUCAGGAGGAAGUCAGAACUGGCAGCAAACCUGGGACUCUCCGAAAGACAGGUGAAGAUCUGGUUCCAGAAUCGCCGAGCAAAAGAGAGAAAAAUGAUCAAGAAGAAAAUCUCACAGUUUGACGGCAGCGGGGGCUCAGCUCAGAGUGACUCUGGUUCACUCAGUCCAAAUGAACUGUCAAAUUCUCUGUUCCCACCACCACCUCCACCACCCCCUCUACCUGGGUUGUCCUACACAUGA